AUGGAGGUGCUGCCGGCCGCGGGGCUGCCGGAGCUGGACUGCAACAGCAACUGUCUGCCGCCGGAGCUGGAGGUGAAGAAGCUGCAGCAGCUGGUCCGGAGGCUGGAGCUGCAGAACGAGCAGCUGCGGGCGAGCGGCUGCUCCGCCGGGCCGACCCCGGGCUUCGGGCUCGGGAGCCCCGGUGCGUACCGCCUGCACGGCCCGCUGCUCGCCCUGCGGUGCCUCUCGCCCCCGGAGGAGCCUUUCGACUACUUCCAGUCGCACGGAGCCGGGGACGGAGCCUCCGAACCGGGGGAGGACGAAGCGGAGCCGUCGGUGCUGGACGAGCUGGAGCUGCUGGACCUGGAGGUUCUGUGCUGCUCGGAGGAGGAGGAGGAGGAGACGUGGUUGUACGAGUCGCCGAAGGCCGUGGAGCCCGGAGUCGACUCCCUCUCUCCUCUGCAGUGGAGCCGUCACGUUCUGGACCGACCCAAGACCGAGGUGGAGGCCGCCCGGCGAUCACUGUCACUGCGACUGGAGCAAGUCUCUAGGUGGCGUAGCAGCUUGUCCAGCCCCUCCCACUCCUCCCCAGGCCCCGCCCUCAGUCGGGUGGCCGGCGUGUCUCCCAUCAGAGCCCCCCCCUGCUCCACGCCCCUGUCGUCUGACCGCCACGGUAACCACGUCUCCUCCUCAGCUCCCUCCCUCUCCUCCCCGCUCCACCAUGUUCUCCAUCGGACGUUCAGUCCCGUGGGGAAGGAGUUCUCCCCCCUCGCCGAGCGAGCCCCCACCUUCCUCCCCCACCUGGCAAAUUCAAUCCUGAGACGCUCGGUCCUCAGUCCCCAGUCGUCCAUGGACAGUGACCUCGGGGCCUCGGAGGACGAGUCCCUCACGCUGCACGGAUACAAACUGCACGACCUCACCGACGUGCAGGUCAUGGCCCGGCUGCAGGAGGAGAGUCUAAGGCAGGACUACGCCAGCACAUCGUCCACCCUCGCCAGCCGCCGCAGCCAGAGCUUCACCUUCCAGCUCAGCCAGCUCAGCGCCGGCCGCGACCUGGAGGAGGAAGACGAGGAGGACGACGAAGACUACGGCCUCCUGCCCCCCCCGCAGGCGCGCCUCACCCGCCUGCCGCACUCCCACACCUUCUCCAGCAUGCGAGACUGGCGAAGAAGCACCACGUCCCUGUCCACCCCCCCCUCCACGCCCUCCACGCCGCCGCUCCCUUCCGCCGGGUUCGCCUUCCAGCCACUGGUCCCGUCCCAGCUCCAGGGACUGGGAGCCGGCAGCUUCUGCACCCCCGAGCCUCUGGGCUUCCGAUCAGGAUCAGGAGAAUUUGAGAAUAAACUGCGGAGGAGCAUGCCUAACCUUGUCCGAGCUCCCAGCAUGCCGAGUGUGCCCAUUCCGACCAAUCCCAGUGCUUCCCCGUGUUUGCUUCGUAACAGCCUGAGCUUUGAUUCGUCGAGCGGUCUGGCUCGCCUGCAGUCCUCCAUCCCCUCCCCUGGCCCACUUCAACACAGGGUCCAGAGCGUGGGGAACUUCCUCUCGCUGUCCCGGCAGCCGCUGAAGGCCACGGCCUACGUCAGCCCCACCAUCAAGGGCUCGGCCUCCACCGGCCUCCAGCCUCUGAGCGGCAGCGGGGGGAGUAACAGCUGGAGUAACAGCGGGAUCCCUCUGUUCAGCAAAUCGGCCGCCGGAGGGGGGACGCCCACCUCCACGCCGGGAACUCCCCGCAGCAGCCUGCCCCGCCCCGCCUCCUUUGUGGGCGCCACCAGUUCCACUCCCCGCAGCAAGGUGGCGCUACCAGCACGAAGUUUACUGACGCCUCCAAGGAGCUUGUCCACCUUCAGUGCUCUACGUGACGGCACCUGGAGAGACGGCUGCUACUGA